AUGCGUGCAUUCUUCACAUUUAAUGUUUCGUAUGGCAUCAAGUCCUUGCCAGAAACAAGAAUGUACUGCUUGAAAGACAACUUUGUUGGUGUUCCAACCGUUCAAAAAGUAAUGCCAAGGAAUUACUUUGAGAAGAUUCGACAGUAUCUUUGUUUAAACAUGUUACCACAAGAUGAUCCUGCUUAUGAUAAGCUAUUCAAAAUGCGUCCUUUGUUGGAUAGACUUGCCAGCACUUUCUGCAAAGAGUGUCAGCCAUCAAAGUUCAUUUCAACUGAUGAAGGAAUGGUCAAGUACAAAGGAAGACUUGGCUUCCAGCAGUAUCUACUCAUGAAGCCCAUGAAAUGGGGCAUUAAAGUAUGGGUCAGAGCCAAUGCGAUAAAUGGUUUUGUAAGCACCAUGCAGGUCUACAUGGGCAAAAAAGAUGCUAGCCAGCCUGAACACAGUCUUGGACGUUAUGUUGUUUGCAAUCUUCUGAGGAACAUUGUCUCAUCCGUAUGGAAUGACAAGAAAGCUGUGGCUUUUAUAAGUACCCAAUGUAAUGCUAAAGGAAACCAAACCAUGCACAGAAAGCAGAAGGAUGGAACAUACAUUGAGGUUUCUUCACUUCCAGUGGUAAAGCUUUACAACCAAUACAUGGUGAAAGUCAAGCAUAGUGUUCAAAUGUGGCAGUAUUAUGAUACAUCUCAAAGGGCAAAUAGAUGGUGGCAGUAA